AUGUGCCUCGGGGCGCUGUGGGUGGCCCUGUCGGUGCUCUCCCUGCUGGCCUGCUCUGGGCAGGGGAAGCCUCUGGAGACCCGGGCCCGGGCGUUGGCCAGGGGAGAUGCCCGGCUGCCAGCGGCAGCGGGCAGUGAGCAGGAGGGAGGCACCUUCGACCUGAGGAUGUUCCUGGAGAACAUGAAGGUGGACUUCCUACGCAGCCUCAACCUGAGCGGGGUCCCGGCCCAGGACAAAACCCAAGCAGAGCCACCGCAGUACAUGAUAGACCUGUACAACAGAUACACCACCGACAAGUCGUCCACCCCUGCGUCCAACAUCGUGCGCAGCUUCAGCGUGGAAGAUGCCAUCUCUGUAGCUGCCACAGAGGACUUCCCCUUCCAGAAACACAUCUUGCUUUUCAACAUCUCCAUCCCCAGGCAUGAGCAGAUCACCAGGGCAGAACUCCGGCUCUACAGCUCCUGCCAAAGCCACGAGACCCCCUCUCACGAGCUGAAGGGAAACAUCGCCAUUUAUGAUGUUCUGGGUGGAGCGGACACAGGGGACGCUUCUGCGGGAGCCAAGGCCUUCCUGCUGUCCCAGGACAUCCGGGACGAGGGCUGGGCGACCUUCGAGAUCUCCAGGGCUGUCAAGCGGUGGGUCAGGGCCGACUCCACCAAGAGCAAAAACAAACUGGAAGUGGCCGUGCGGAGCCGCAGGAAAGGCUGCCACAAGCUGGAUAUCAGUGUCCCGCCCGGCUCCAGGAACCUGCCCUUCUUCGUCGUCUUCUCCAACGACCGCAGCAAUGGGACCAAGGAGACCCGGCUGGAGCUCAGGGAGAUGAUCGGCCACGAGCAGGAGAGUGUGCUGAAGAAGUUGUCCACCCACGGCCCAGAGGCGGGGGGGAGCAAGGGCGAGGGGGACGUGGGAAGCCACAUGGCCACGGGGUCAUCCUUAGCCAGACGGAAGAGGAGCGCUGGGGCCAACAACCACUGUCAGAAGACCUCCCUGCGAGUGAACUUCGAGGACAUCGGCUGGGACAGCUGGAUCAUCGCGCCCAAGGAGUACGAUGCCUACGAGUGUAAGGGGGGCUGCUUCUUCCCGCUGGCCGAUGACGUGACCCCGACCAAGCACGCCAUUGUGCAGACCCUGGUUCACCUCAAGUUCCCCAUGAAGGUGGGCAAGGCCUGCUGUGUGCCCACCAAACUGAGCCCCAUCUCCAUCCUCUACAAGGAUGACAUGGGGGUCCCCACCCUCAAGUACCACUAUGAGGGGAUGAGUGUGGCAGAGUGUGGGUGCAGGUAG